AUGCUGACGUUCAAUAAAACAAUUUGGACAAAAAUUAAAGAUAGUUUUCGUUUGCCACCAAACCAGAUCGUAUCAUUGGUUGACACGAGUCAUUUGGAUUCACCGGUUUUAUUAGAGAAGCAUAAUCUUGCUGAUGAUACACUAGUCAAAAUCGAUCCACAAAAAGAUACGAUUCAUAUAAAAACACUAUCACUUGAACCACAUUUUCCCGUAUUUACCAUGACAAUUGGAAUGUUUAACAUAUUUAUGCUUAUAGCUCUGUAUAUCGCUGAAGAAGGAACAGUCAUAACGUCUGAAACAUGGAUUAAAAUGGGUUGUAAAUAUGUGCCUUGUAUGAAACCAUUGUAUUCAAAAACUGAACAAGAAAUAUUUAAUAUUAAGCUUAAAUCACAAUGCCAAUCAUUUCUUUUUCCUUAUCAAUUCUUUCGUUUUUUUACACCGAUAUUUUUGCAUGGUGACAUAACACAUCUCUUAAGUAAUCUUAUUUAUCAAGUUUUAGCUGGAACACUCUUAGAAGGAAAAUAUGGUAAAAUAACAUUAGGAAUCUCUUAUAUAUUAUUUGGAUUUAGUGCAAAUAUUAUGAGUUCAUUGUGCAACCCAAAGACUAUAUCAGUGGGGGCAUCAGGUGCUGUUUAUGGCCUUCUAUUUCUCUGUAUUAUAGACAAUACUUUACGCUUGUUUACUAUUACUAACAUUCACGACAAAAUCAUACAAUUUUUUAUCAUGCUGCUAGUUAUUCCCUAUUUUAUUUUGAGUCUAUUUUUUUAUGUCGAUUCAACAGGUCAUGCUGAUCAUGCAGCACAUAUUGGUGGCGCUGUAAUGGGCACUUUAGUGGCUAUGUAUCUAUGUAAUAUGCCAGGAUUUGUUACGACUAGAAUUUCGAAUGGAGAAAAACAAAUUCGACUACUUGCAUUGAUUUCAAUCAUUGGAUAUUUUGUUAUAACAUUGCUAAUAUUUUAUUUGUUCAUACCAGUGCAUCUUAAAUAG